GGAAUCCCUCCAACACUGUGCAGUUGGUGAAAUCGGAGCCCAGAAUGGGCGGCAAACAGUCCUCGUCGCUGUCUGUGCACAGUCAUCUCAACGGGUCGGACAGGGUGGUGAAGGAGAUCCGGGCCCUGAUGAUCGACCUGGGCACCGGCUACUUCAAGGCAGGCUACGCCGGCUACCCCAAGCCCUCCGUGAGCAUCUGCUCCACGCUGGGCAGACCUGUGCAGCGCAGCGCCAAGACCGGGGACAACCGCAAGGAGAACUACGUGGGUGAGGAGCAGAGAGGCCAGCUUGCCCUGAGGAUGGUCAACCCACUCAGGAGGGGUGUGGUGGUGGACUGGGAGGGCACCGAGGCCGUCCUCGAUUACAUCUUCAGCAAGAAGCUCAGGCUGCACCCAGAGGAGCACGCAGUGAUGGUAGCCGAUCCUCCGCUCGGGCCCAUCACCAACAGGGAGAAGACCGCUGAGAUGUUCUUCGAGACCUUCAGCACGCCUGCCCUGCACAUCGCCAGCCAGUCCGUCCUUUCCAUCUAUGCCUAUGGGCGCACCACAGGGCUGGUGGUGGAGAGCGGCCACGGCUCCUCCUUCCUGGUGCCCAUCUACGAGGGCUACAUCAUGCCCCACAUCACGAGCACCACCGACUACGGAGGAGCCGACCUGACCAGGUACCUGACCAGGCUCAUGAACGAGAACGGCCACAAGCUGACGGCUUGCGACUUCCAGGUGGUGGAGGACAUCAAGCAGAAGUGCUGCUAUACGGCCGCGGACUUCGAGGUCGAGAUGCGCUGCGAGGGCAAGGAAGGGGUCGUGAGUUACGAGCUGCCCGAUGGCAAGCUGAUCAACAUAGGCAAGGAGAGGAUCAAGUGCUCAGAGGCUCUCUUCAACCCCUCCUUGAUGGGCUCCAAAGAAAUGGGCUUGCACACCAUGGCCAUCAACGCAAUCAACAAGUGUGAUAGCACCAUCCUGGAGGAUAUGUUCAAGAACAUUUUGCUCUGUGGUGGCAGCACCAUGUUCAGUGGCUUCCCUGUCCGUUUCCAGAAGGAAGUGAGGAAGUUGGCACAAGACAUGGCUCCACAUGUCCACGCCAUCCCCGAGAGGAAAUACUCAGUCUGGUAUGGAGGCUCCAUCCUGGCUUGUCUUAAAUCCUUCCAGCAACUCUGGGUUCGCAAGAAAGAUUAUGACGAGCGUGGACCGAUGGUUAUCUAUCGCAAAUGUUUUUGAGACAGAGACUUUUUUUAAAUAUAAGAACAAUUUCAACUUGUUGCCAAUUUAACCUUUUUAUAAUUUCCAUCUUUGAAUGUAAUUUAUUUUUCUCAGGGGGUAAUUGGAAGGGUGGGGGGAAGUUUAAUUGGGUUGAAAACCAGGUUUGAAACUAUGGAAUUGUAAUAAAAUUUUGCAAAUUUGUGAUUCCUGAAAUCCAUGCGAUCAUCUGUAUUCAAAUCUGGUUAAGAAUGAGGGAGCCGAGAGAUCCCAUAGAAUUCCAGCAAGGCUGAUUUUUGCUGGCUUUGUGGCAUUUUUGCUGAGGGAGCCCAGACUGCAAAUAUAUAUUUGAAUUUGUGACUUGCCAGAAAUGACAUACGUUGGUCCAAUCCGGAUUAUGUUCAAAGCAACAGGAGAACUGGUACUUCCCCACUUUCAAUGCAAAAGUUAGAAUUUUCCUCUGGUGCCAUUUGAAGCUGGUUUGAAUACUGAGAGUUGCUGUUUGGACUACCUUUCGUGGGUUUUUCUGUUCCAAGUUUUUCGAAAAAAUGUGUUGUGGUCUUUCUUUGCUCUUGUUCACUUUGUAUGUGCUCUGAGA